GAGAGAGGAAGAAGUCCGUGUCGGCUUACGAAACCCAUUCUCAUUAGGAAAACCAUUAUUUUUCAUGCACUUUCAAUUCCUAGGGUUUUACUCCACCAAUUAGUGUUUGCCACGUCAUACAUUUAAUAAAAAACCCAUACACCCUCUCACACACCAUUAUAUUCCUCACACACGUAUUGAGAGCAGACUCUAUCAAACAUGCCUAGCCCUAUUCCAUCUACUCUCCUCUGCUCUUACCAUCAUACCAGAGCUUCACCCCGCCGCUGGCGUCGCCGCACUCGUCGUUCUGGAGCUGGCGCCACCGCACCUAACCUCAAGGCUGAAGUCUGUGGAAUCCAGCAGGAUGGCUUACACCUCCAAGCAAGAAGUCAGAAGUAUGGCAAGCUUGAGAGGGGUCAAUUGCUCACAGUUCCUCCUUAUCUAGUGAGGAGACGCAAGCAGCAUUUCCACCAUCUAGAACAGUGCGGAGUUGACUUAAUACUCGGAUGUAAUGGAUUCAUUUGGGUUGGUGAACAUGUUGAAGCCAAAGAUGAUAUGGUAGAGGAUCAAGCAAGAAAACUUGAGCAACAGAAUAUUAAGUCUAAUAAAAAUUCCAUUAGUCUUGAAGAGCAAGAACAAACAUACACUCUGAUAGAGACAAGGCAGAGCAUAUGUAGGAUUGCAAAUGCUGUCCGGGUAUUAUCUACUUUAAGGCUUCAAUAUAACCAUCGAAGUGAUCAUGGAUACCAUGCACCUGAGUAGCUCUUUGAAUCUUGAUAUACAUGAGAUGCUUGGUUCAGAGUUCUGUGUUCUGGUUGUAGAGGGAGAGGCUGAACGGUGAAGCUUGACUAAAAAGAAGGGAUGAUUAUAGCAUCCCUGUUAUGUUCUAAGUACUAACUGUUUAGAGAAGCAUCAACCUUCAUAUCCUCUCUUUUUAUUGUCUUGAUUUUUUUGGGUUUUAGCCCUCUUUGUGUUUGGUUUUACCAUGAAUAUUAGGGAGCGUUUUUUUUGGUCAAUUGUAAAGGACAAUUAUGUAC